GCACCUACUCACCUUUGUUAGCGAAUCAUUCGAAUACCUAGGUAGUCAAAUGUAUAAAGCCACAUGCGAUUUGCCUUCCAGACCAUCCCGAAAGUUGCCAGAUUUCAUCCAAAAAGACCUCACUCAUUCUUCACCAAUCAUCGAGGUCCUAACCAGCCCAAAUAUCCGCUAUUUACCAGACAAAUAAUGGCUACAACAGCCCCGCGUCUUCAACACCCGGGCCCAAUCCACCCCGCAGAAGUUGAGAAACACGGCGUAAAGCCAUCUAUAGCACGUCCCGUCCGGAUUGCAGUCUUUGAUCCGCGAGACCACGAAGCUCCUGCUAUUCUGCACGAGCCACGGCAAUACACGGCUGACGAUGCUAAAGCGGCUGCUGUUAUACUGAUUAGUGGUGCGGGUGGAGGUGUUAGUGGACCUGCUGGUAUAUACCCUUCCCUGGCCGAUAAACUCGCCAUGCUCCUCUCCAUCCCCUGCAUAAGACUUGACUACCGCGAACCGGCGCAAACAAACUACUGCUCCGCCGAUGUAAUCGCUGCAAUGGACUACCUCGCCGCCGAAUUCUCCUCAAAACACUUCCUGUUAGUUGGAUGGUCCUUCGGUGGUAGUCCUUGUUUCACCGUUGCCGCUCGAGAAACUACUCGCGUAGCGGGUGUGGCAACUGUAGCAUCACAGACUGCGCGUACAGAGGGUGUUGCGAUGUUGAGUCCUAGACCCUUGUUACUACUACAUGGCACUGGAGAUACAUGUCUGUCGCCGAGUUGUUCGCAGAGUCUGUUUGAGUCAUAUGGACAGUCUGGAAAGAAGGAGUUGAAGCUGUUUGACGGUGAUGAUCAUGGAUUAAGCCGGAAUGCUGUGCAGGUGGAGAAGUUGAUAUUUCAGUUUGCCGCAAGCACUUUGGGGUUUAAGGAGAUUUUGGGGGAUCCGUAUGUUGAUAUACAGGCUAGUCAGGAUUUGGCGGGGAGCAAGCAGGAGAGGCUGAGAGAAAUGAAGGAGGGACAUGACUUUGAUGGUGAGAGGUUGUAACAUCAAGCCAUUUUACCAUAUAGCUAUCAAUACUUAGGUAUCAAAUAUUCCAUCGUCAAUACAUAUCCAAUCGCGGGCCUAUCCCAAUGGGCUAUGUAGAUUAGGGUUAGCAGCCAUCCGUCGAUGUCCUGAAAAUCAAUGAGAUUCGCCUAGUCAGCAAUAGAAACGUAGUGAGAUGGUCUUCAAGAGCUUCAUUCGAGAGAUGAACGAGAAAGGUCACAAUAAACUAGCUUCAUUAAUCGACGGUUCCUG